CGGGGCGGAGAUCGCGCCGAGGGCGGCGGGCGGCCGCGCCAGGGCGGCGCGCGCGUUCCUGGUCAACAUAGAAAUGUGGAGUAUAUUGACUGAGUCUUCAUGCAGACAAGAUCAUUAUGGUCCUGGUAGGUAGACCAGGUAUCUGGACACAAGCUAUGUAGAUUGAUCUGUGUGACCAGCCCAUUUUCUGUAAAAGAAGAAUCCUCUGAAGUGAGUGCUUUAAGAUCCACUACAGGAUUGUAAGCAGCACUCCUUCCACAAUCAAACUUCAGGUCACCACACCUUGGAUAGAGUAUGGCCACUUCCUGGGGCACAGUCUUUUUCAUGCUGGUGGCAUCCUGUGUUUGUAGCACUAUCUUCCAUAGAGAUCAGCAGACUUGGUUUGAGGGUGUCUUCCUGUCUUCCAUGUGUCCGAUAAAUGUCAGUGCCAGCACCUUGUAUGGAAUUAUGUUUGAUGCAGGAAGCACUGGAACUCGGAUUCAUGUUUAUACCUUUGUGCAGAAAAUACCAGGACAGCUUCCAGUUCUGGAAGGGGAAAUCUUUGAUUCUGUGAAGCCAGGACUUUCUGCUUUUGUAGAUCAACCUAAGCAGGGUGCUGAGACUGUUGAAGAACUCUUAGAGGUGGCCAAAGACUCAAUUCCCCAAAGUCACUGGAAAAGGACCCCAGUGGUCCUGAAGGCAACAGCAGGACUGCGCUUACUGCCAGAACAGAAAGCCCAGGCUCUGCUCUUUGAGGUGGAGGAGAUCUUCAAGAAGUCACCUUUCCUGGUCCCAGAUGACAGUGUUAGCAUCAUGGAUGGAUCCUAUGAAGGCAUAUUGGCUUGGGUUACUGUGAAUUUCCUAACAGGUCAGCUACAUGGCCACAGCCAGGAGACAGUGGGGACUCUGGACCUGGGUGGGGCCUCCACCCAAAUCACAUUUCUGCCACAGUUUGAGAAAACCCUGGAACAAACCCCUAAGGGCUACCUCACUUCCUUUGAGAUGUUUAACAGCACUUAUAAGCUCUAUACACAUAGUUACUUGGGAUUUGGAUUGAAAGCUGCAAGACUAGCAACCCUGGGAGCCCUGCAAACAGAAGGGAUUGAUGGACACACUUUCCGAAGUGCCUGUCUACCAAGAUGGUUGGAAGCAGAAUGGAUCUUUGGGGGUGUGAAAUACCAGUAUGGUGGCAACCGAGAAGGGGAGAUGGGCUUUGAGCCCUGCUACAAUGAAGUGCUGAGGGUGGUGGAAGGAAAGCUUCACCAGCCAGAGGAGAUCCGAGGAAGCUCCUUCUAUGCUUUCUCUUACUAUUAUGACCGAGCCGUUGAAACACACAUGAUUGAUUAUGAAAAGGGGGGUGUUUUAAAAGUUGAAGACUUUGAAAGAAAAGCCAGGGAAGUGUGUAAUAACUUGGAGAACUUCACCUCAGGUAGUCCUUUCCUAUGCAUGGAUCUCACCUACAUCACUGCCCUGCUAAAAGAUGGCUUUGGCUUUGCAGAUAGCACCCUCUUACAGCUCACCAAGAAAGUGAACAACAUAGAGACGGGCUGGGCCUUGGGGGCCACCUUUCACCUGCUGCAGUCUCUGGGCAUCUCCCACUGAGGCCAAGCACUUCCUCUGAGGCCUGCAUUCACCACCAACCUUUUUAAGUGGAGAAGAAGAGAAGACUUGUUCAUUUUCUGAGUUAGUCUGGGGACAACCUGGAUUGAGUGCAGUAGGUGGCUUUAUCAGGGUGGAGGGACUUUCAUAUACAAAUCUUGAUCUUGAGCCUAGAGAUUUGGGCAGAAUUAAUUUUACAUGUCUAAUGUGAACAGUUACCUAACCAUUUGGGGGGCACAGAUGGCUCUGAAAUGUAAAUCAUUGAGAGUCUUUGUGUGACACAGAGAACCCUGUGAGCCAAAAAGAAUAGCUUUGGAACUCAACCAUGGAGUGAGAGCUCAGGGACAGGUCCCUGGGAACCAAAGAAACUCAUUUUAAUCCUUGGAGUGCCUCGUUCCUUUGAACAUUUUAGUUUCCUCUUACAUGCUAAAUUAAGCUGAUUUACUAUAAUCCCAUGAUCUAGCAAUACCAGUAUUUUUUUUCUUCCAAUGUACUAUCCUGCCUCUUCCAUCCUUGUCUGCCCCACCU